AUGAUUUUUACUGGAGUCAUCCUUUCUUCUCUUGUCAUGCUUCUGCUUUCUGACAGCGCUCAGUGCAGAAGAGUCGACUGCAAGUCAGACUGUUGCUCAUUUGUGGAGGGCUUUCCUGUAAGACUGAAGGAGCUCCGUUCUGCAUACAGAGAAAUACAGAGGUUUUAUGAGUCCAACGAUGACAUGGAACCAUUAUUGAAUGAAAACGUGCAACAGAACAUCAAUAGUCCUUACGGAUGUCACGUCAUGAACGAGAUUCUGCGCUUCUACUUGGACACCAUUCUGCCAACAGCUGUCCAGAAGAGCCACUUACACUCCAAAACACCAAUUGACUCCAUCGGAAAUAUAUUUCAGGAUCUCAAGCGGGAUAUGCUGAAAUGUAAGAAUUACUUUUCUUGCCAAAAUCCCUUCGAGCUCGCCAGCAUAAAGAACUCUUAUGAAAAGAUGAAGGAGAAAGGUGUUUCUAAAGCCAUGGGAGAGCUUGAUAUGCUCUUUAAGUACAUUGAGCAGUAUUUGGCAUCAAAGAGAGUCAAGCACUAAUAGUAUGUCACACUGAAUUGUGGCCGAGAUGACUUGAGUCAAAUCUGAAUACUCUGCAAAUAAUGAAGAAACUAUGGACAGGUCAAGCACAUACUGUAGGAUAUGGCACAAAUGGACAUUUUUUUAACUUAUAGCUUGCACAUCACAAUUCCAUCACACUACUUUAUGAUGCACUGGAAUGCCUUCCUCUUCACCAAUUGCUGGAUGUAACUAUGUUUUAGAUUAAACUAAAACCAUAAAAUGUUCUUUAAGUCACAUUGACCAGGGUUAUUUUAAAAUUAGUUGCAUUUUGCCAACUUGCUGAAAUAACUUGAAAGUGUGUAAUAACUUGUUAUUGUGUAAAUACUGAUAUUUAUGUUAUGGAUUUUAUUUAUUUUAUUUCAUAUCAUACUUCUGAUGCUUAUAUUUAAUUUGUUACAGAAAUGUGUCAUCAAUAAA